AUGAGACUCCUCGCGUUUCUUACUUUGCUCAUGCCCUCCAUCACUCUUGCUUUGCCAAGCUCAAGUGGUCGAGAAGAUAUUCAAGCCAGGGAGCUUGAGGUUCGACAGGUGAGCACGGGAACCGGGCCUGGCGGAUGUGGAAGAUUCGGAGAGCCUUGCAACUACAAAGCUGGCGGCGGCUGCGGAACCGGUGCUCCUGGAGCAACCUGCAACUAUGGAGCUUGUUGCUUAGUAAACCCUGGAGACCUCGCCCUUAAAAGACUUCUCUGCCUCCCUAGAAACGGCCCAUAUAACGUUUGUAACUAUCCCUAA